AUGGCAUCGGCUGCUGCGCUUGUACACUGGCUGGGCGCGGUCACGAGCAUCGCCCUUUCUCUGUGCUUCCUGCUGUCUAUCGUCGGGCGGGAGCUGGGUGAAGAGCAGCAUCUGCUGGAUCUCGCUAUUCGCGAGAGGAUGGCUUCGUCCUCUGAGGCGCCGUUUACCCCGGAGGAGGCCAAAGAAGCUAAGCCUCCGGCAGCUGCCUUUCUGGGGGCUGAAGCCUCCACAACGAUGCUUCUGAGUGAAGCGUCCACGACGAUGCAGGACAACCGACUGCACCAGGCGACGGGCUGCGACGAGGCGUGGCUGAGUACCGGCCAGCGUGGCAAGCCCUGCCCCUACGUCCGCGGGGCACCCUGCUGCUGGAAUGCCACCCGUGAGGCGUGCACCGAGUGCAUCGUGCCGGUGACGCCUGCAUCAGAGUAUGAUGAUGCUGCCCACGUCAGCAAUCAGCCAUGUGCACAGGCGCAGAGCGGCAAAGGUCGCGUUGCGGUGAUAAACGUGGGCCUCUUGCGUGCAAACUGGUCGCGGCCUGUCAUGGAGUGGUUUAGCACUGGAAAAUCGAACGCCAAGCAGCGGCAGGAAGUUCUCCGACACCUGGCAAAACUCCGGCUGCCGAGCACAGCCGCGGUUUUCGAUUUGCAUAGGCGCCACGUGCUCGACGUUCUUCGGGAUCGGGGUUGGGAGGUGGAUUAUUUCCUUUGCUUUGACAAGCUUACGCCGGAGAUCGUCAGGGACCAGAACAUCACGGAGGCUUGGGGCUUCAAAGCAAAGCACCAGUACGACCGCAUCCAGUCGUGCCUCCGGCGCGUGCACGCGCGAGAGGAGCGGUGUGGGGGAGUGCGCUACUCUCUCUUCUUCCGGCUUCGGGAGACGUUCCUGGCGCUCACAGACGUACCAGACCUGUCGAAGGCUCUGCCGAAUCCCGGCGCGCCGGAAGGCUGUGUCAUGGUACGCUUCAGAGGCACAAAGGGACUGUCCGGAGUGACGAACGACAUGCACUCGAUCAGCCCAUGCAGCGGCUGCGUGGGCGAAGGCAUUCGUGCACAGGUCGGACUGAUGCUAGACGACAUGGUCCAGGCUGCUCCGCGACAUCUGCUCAACUUCUACCAGUUGGGGAUGCCGAGCGGAGCAGCCGCAGUCAGGUAUCCUUCCUGGUUCCAACACGGAAGCUACGACGAAGGGCUCUUGGCUAAACGAGUGGUUCUGCGUGGGAUCCCGCUUUGCUCUUUGAAGUUCCGCGGCUGGCCGCUGAACUCCAUGGCCCACAAGUUCUUCCUCUCACGAUCCCAGGGAUGUGACUUCUUCAACGGCCCUGCGACGACGAUCUGCGGCUCUGGUCAGCCCGUGGACGAGCAGCUGCGCAAGCUGCCUCACCUGCCUUUUCUCGGCCCACCGUGA